CUAGUUAUAUCUGUCAUCCACAUCCUAAAAAAGUAAACAACUUAGAAAUCUGUGGCUCUCGAUUUAUUAACAACAAAAUUUUAUUUUUAUCGUUAGAAAUGUGUUUAUAAACAAAUAAAAUGGAUGUCAAAGUAAAGACUUUCACUUUAAGCUGUAUCUGUGAGGGCUGUUUGAGUACAGACAGAGAAUUAAUAGAAAUCACCGAGAGUCACAUCAAGGAGGUGUUUUACGAAUUAAUACUUAACGAAGCUGGUAAUCAGAAGAAACUCCUGCUCUGCUGGGAAUGCAAGGGUAACAUACAAAGGUUCUUAGUCUUCAAACAACAAGUGAAAGAUGCUCACAAUACUCUCAAUCAGUACAUGCGGCCUCUAAGCCUGCGCGCUCUCCUUGCGAGCUAACAUGGUGGUGCUAGUCCGGUUGCUUCACUGGCAGACGCAAAUCAAGACACCGCUAAAUCAAAAUAUACAAUAUUCAAAAUUCUCGAUAACCAAAGAUAAUGAUGUACCAAAUGUAGCCGAUUUUAAAGAGGAUGGGACCGAACAGCCUUUUAUUAAAGUUGAGGACCAAGGAUUCGCGGACGUGGACUACUUCAACGAGGAUUAUGAUCGGGAUGACGAUGUAGAUAGCAAAGAGAUAACGGCAGUAUUAGACACAGGGUAUGUUGAGCCAAGCAAAGCUAAGUCUAGAGGUAAAAGCAAAAAGAAGGUAGAAGAUGAAUUUAAUGAUUCUGAUGAGGAACCACUUAAGUGUAAGAAGAACAGAGAAGGUGCUAGAGUUAAGAAGAAGAAGAAAGAGGAUGGAUCCCCCAAAUUGGACAGACGCAAGAACCCAGCUCCCAAGAGAGAGAAACCACCAGGAGUGGUGAACAAUCCCAGGGUUGCGAAGAAACUCCAGCAGCUGAACGUGGCCCAGGGUCAACUGGAGAUGGUGGUGCUGAGCUGGGCGGAGGUAGAGGCAGAACGCCAGCGUGGCCUCUCAAGCGAGGCCUUCACGCGUCAGAAGUACCGCUGCGAAGACUGCGUGCUCGGGUUCAACCAUAAGUUUAAACUGGACAACCAUAUGAAGAAACAUGAUGAGUCUGCAGGUACGAUGGUUUGUGAAGUGUGCAAGGUUCGAUGCCGCGACGCGCACGCUCUCUGCGCUCACCGCAGAAGACAUCGUGUCAGUGAUUGUGAGUCGCGUUGUGCGUCCGACCCCGCUAGAUGGCGGUGUUGCCGCUGCGGGCGCAGCGUGUCCCGCGCGGCGGUGGCGGCGGACCACGUGGCGCGCGAGCACCACGCGCCCCCCCCCACGCACGCCUGCCGCCUCUGCGGCCACGAGGAGCCUACUUUAGGUAAACUUCGCAAUCACAUAAAGAAUCACGCCGAGAGACAGAAGUGCGAGCUCUGCGGGAAGACGUUCAGGGAUAGGACGUCGCUGAGGACGCAUCUGUUUAUUCAUAAAGGAGAGAAAGAGUACUCGUGUCCGCGCUGUGAUAAGAGGUUCCUCUUCAAGAAGGCCAUGGAAGUGCAUCUUGUGACGCACGAUGCGCCCGCGCAUCUAUACUGCUACGAGUGUGAUAUGAACUUCAAGAACCGCAUGUCUUAUACCCAGCAUAUGAAAUACAGCCUCAAACAUAUUGAUCCCGCUAAACUCAAGUAUGCUUGUCAACUCUGCGACAAGAAAUUCGUGAAGGCCAUCCGUUUAGAAGAGCACAACCUCGCCGUACACCUCAAGGCCACGCCGAUACGAUGUACCGCUCAGGGGUGUAACUUUGCCUGCUCGUCGCGGGCGGUGCUGCGCGCGCACUCCCGCUGCGUGCACCGCCACGCGCGCGCGCUGCGGAACCACGUGUGCCACGCCUGCGGGAAGACCUACACCACCAAGAAGAGUCUAGAAGGUCACUUGAGGUCUCACACCGGCGAGCGUCCCUUCAAGUGCACGGAGUGUCCCUCCACCUUCGGCUACGAGGCUGCUCUCUACAAUCACAACAAGCUGGUACAUCUAAAACCUAAGACAGGCCGAGCUCGCCCGCCUCCCAUCCAAAUCCCGGCCGCGCCGACGGAGCUUACCUAAAUACAUUUAUUUUUAGUUAAUAAAGCUUACCAUAUGAUAAUUUAAUGCAAGUUAUAAUUAAGAUAGUAUUUCUGUUGCUACUUUAUAUAUCUUAGUGAACUUAAACAUCCCACAAACAUCCCACUGUUGGGCAUAGGCCUCUUCUAGUAAAGAAGGUUUGAGCAUUGAUCACCACGCUAGCUCACUGCGGGAG